GGUGGGGCCAAACAGGCUGCUCAUAUAAAAGCCAACCAGCUAGUGCUGCUUACCUGCCUUCUGCUGGAAACAGACUUGGGAGCUCCUUUGCAGAUGGGUCAAGACAGUCCUUCAGACAAGACCAUGGCGACAAAGUGUAGACGCAGCCGUACCUCGUUCACAGAAGAGCAGUUGAAGAUCCUCGUCCAGGCAUUCAGCCAAAACCCUUACCCUGGCUAUACUGCCAAACAGAGACUUGCCAUGGAAAUCAACACUGAAGAGUCUAGGAUCCAGAUAUGGUUUCAGAAUCGAAGAGCGAGGCAUGGAUUCCUGAAGAGAUUCAAGAAGAACUUAGACCCAAGCAAAGACCACGCCUUCCCCAUAGAGAAGAUUCAAGAUGGAACAGACAGACGGUGUCGUACCAGCUACACUUCCUCUCAGUUACAAACUCUCAAGAAUGCGUUCACAGAAAACCCUUAUCCUGGGAUUGACUCCAGAGAGCAACUUGCUGAAGAAAUUGGGGUUCCAGAGUCAAGAGUCCAGAUUUGGUUCCAAAACCGAAGAGCCAGACUCCGUAUCCAGAGAAAAAGAGGCCUUGAAGAAGCUCUAGACCAAAGACAAAACCAGGGACAGGAUCUCUGAUAUGGGAGAGUUCAAGGUAUACAGAAUGGCACUCCAUAGUGACUGUUUUAUUUCUCUGGAGCCAGAACAAAGUGAAAAGGGAGACAGAUUUGGUGUAUUUGAUGUCAUCAGCCUGGACUCCACAUUAAUUAUCUUCCUUAACAUAUCCCUCUAAAUAUACAUUCAGCUUCAGCUUCUGGAGAUGGUAAAGAGGACUUCAGGAGGCAGAGACAGACGAUACAAAGAACCAUGCAGCCCUAGUGACCGAAUCCAGAUUCAGAGUUCAACUGAUCUUGAGGACAAUAAAAUAAUUAUAAAUAA